AUGCCAGGCCAUCACCACGUCAACAAAUUGAUCGCGGUUCCUGGUUUUAACACUCGGACAAGCAAAGCUUCGCAAUACGUCAACUUCGAAGACUGGAUUCCUUCCUACCUACACCCGAAGACGCAGGCACGACUGCGGGUGGAAAUGGAGAAGACAGGUUCUCCGUCGGACGUCGCUGGCUAUAUUUAUGUUUUCGAGAUCAAAGAUUUGGCAGAACCGGACAUCAUCAAGUUAAAGGUCGGCUAUACCAAGAACCUGGAAAGGAGAUUGUUCCAGUGGAAUCGCCAGUGUGGUUCGCAACAACACGUUCUGCGUGGCUAUUACCCGGAGCCUGAGGCCGGGGACGCAACUCUCUUGCCGGGGAUGCUAAGGCCAGGUGUAAUGGUCCCAUGGUCCCACCGACUCGAGAGUGCACAUCGAGCUUGA